AUGUUGACCGUCAGUUGUGUGGAGCAUGGCAAGUACAUCAAGGAGUACGUUAUUGAACCAAAUUGGCAUCUGAUGUAUAACAGACUUCAGUCAGCAAAUAGCAUAGAUGAGGUUAUACAAUAUCAUGAUUUUUUCCUUGAUAAAUGUUUGAGAGAAUGUUUGCUUCUUUUACCUGAGCUGCUGAAGAAGGUGGAGAGGCUGAAAUCCAUGUGCCUACAAUAUUCAGCAGCAACCCAAUGGCUUAUAUCGUCUUCCAUUGAAUUACGUAACUCAGAGGAACCUGUUGUUGAUUCAGUUGCCUUGAAUAAAGCCAAAUGGAAAUCUGGUCAGGUCUUGAAGUCAACCACCAGAAAUGUGGCAGUCACUGAUUCUGUUCUCAAAUUUGAGAAAGAGUUUAAUACCGAGCUUCAGAGUCUUGGAUCAAUCUUGAGUAGUAACUCCCAGGCAGAGCCAUAUCUGGCUCAUCUUGCUCAAUGGAUUCUUGGUGUUAAAAUUGACCAAAAUGGUUUAUGA